AAGUAAUACAAGUUAAGAUAAUAUUCCCUUGACAGCAUAAUAACAUCUUAAUAUUAAUUGAUAUUUAUCAAAAUAUUUUUAUCAUUUAGACUUGUAUCCCUGGAUAUUUUAAAAUUUAAAAUGGUGUUUUGUAUAACAAUUUUGCUUGUUUUAUGUGUCUGUGACUGUUCCUUUGCAAAUCAAAAGGCGGAUUUGGUUGAGACAGUGACACAACUUGAACAUUUAGCUAAGACAGUAAAGCAAGAAAUGAUUAAAGUGAGAAAUAAAGUGGAAAAAAAACUUCAAGAUUUGAAAAGUAAAGAAUUUGACUGGCUGCAACAUUACUUUGGACUAAAGAGAAGAAUUCCAAAGGAAAAUAAAGUUUUGAAAGAAGCAGAGAGAAAGGUUGGGGAAAUGAUUCAUAAACUAAAAGAUGACAGAACGGAUAUUAGACUCAAGGUUCAUAAAUAUAAAGUGCUGAAAGUAGACAUUAAUCAUGGUUCAUCGAAAUCCAAAGACGUUUCCUUUCGGUCUAAAGAUCCCUUAAAGACAUAUCUAGAAGGUGGUGACAAAUUCAUAUUCACAAAUACGCCUGUGAACAACGGAAAUACGUAUGAUAACAUCACUGGGGUUUUUAUUGCUCCAGUUACAGGAACUUACUAUUUCGUAUUACAGCUAUGUCUUGGAGGAAAUUAUGUUGAUUUGUCAAUUCGCAAAGGCGAGAAUUUAUAUAGCUGGGCCCGAUUCUUCCCAUAUUAUUUGUCGUGUCAGACUGUAGAUAUGCUGACUCCGUUACAAAAAGGUGACGAAGUGUAUGCUUCCAAGACCUCCUCGUGGGAUUACGAUAUAAUGCAUGUUGGCAAUGAUCUUUACAACACUUUCUCUGGAGUACUUAUUGCUUAAACUGUUUAUACUUAAGGAUUUCAGAAGAUUUCCACUUAUCAUUAUGCAAUUACAGGAUGCAAGGACUUUCUUUAAGUUGUAUUACACAGCCAAUAUACCGGAUUAUACUAAUUCAAGCUAAUGUGUAUUAAUUAUACAUGCAUACAAAUUUAAAUGAUAUCGUAGUAUGUAUUUCAAUUUUAAAGUUAGGGUUUUCUGAUGUUUGACAUAAAUAAAGUUAAUUUGACCUUAUUAUCAAAAGUAUAUUUGAUUAACCAAUAAAAACAGUUGAACCAGAAUAUGACUUUGACAUUUUUAAUUCAAUUGGGAUACCUAUAUUGUCAUCUAGGAUGCUUUUGAUACAUUGAUUAUGGUGAACACUUCAAAGCUAUUUACAGUUU